AUGAUCACCACAAGGCUCGCGCGCAUGGGUGCGCUGCUCCUCGGGACUCGGGGUUUUGCCACCGUCAGCGAUUCUCCUCUCGACAAGAAGGUCGAGAUGUCCAAUGUGGAAAAAGGCAACUACAUCAACUAUAAGAAGAUGUCCGAGAACUUGGACGUUGUUCGUCGUCGACUGAGCCGUCCUCUCACUUACGCCGAGAAGAUUUUGUACUCCCAUCUCGACGACCCUCACGGCCAGGAUAUCGAGCGUGGUGUUUCCUACCUGAAGCUACGCCCCGACCGUGUUGCUUGCCAGGAUGCCACCGCCCAGAUGGCUAUCCUUCAGUUCAUGUCGGCUGGAAUGCCAUCUGUCGCUACUCCUACCACCGUUCACUGUGAUCAUUUGAUUGAGGCUCAGAUUGGAGGUGAGAAGGAUUUGGCUCGUGCCAACGAGAUCAACAAGGAAGUUUAUGACUUCCUUGCCUCGGCUACUGCCAAGUACAACAUUGGUUUCUGGAAGCCCGGCUCUGGUAUCAUCCACCAGAUCGUCCUGGAGAACUACGCUUUCCCCGGUGGUCUGAUGAUCGGUACCGACUCUCACACUCCUAAUGGUGGUGGUCUUGCUAUGGCUGCCAUUGGUGUCGGUGGUGCUGAUGCCGUCGAUGUGAUGGCUGGUCUCCCUUGGGAACUUAAGGCUCCUAAGGUCAUCGGUGUCAAGCUCACCGGUGAGCUGUCCGGAUGGGCUACUCCUAAGGAUAUCAUCCUUAAGGUCGCUGGCCUGCUUACCGUCAAGGGUGGUACCGGUGCUAUCAUCGAAUAUCACGGGCCUGGUGUCGACUCUCUUUCUUGCACUGGUAUGGGCACCAUCUGUAACAUGGGUGCUGAAAUCGGUGCUACCACCUCUCUUUUCCCCUUCAACGACCGCAUGUACGACUACCUCAAGGCUACUAAGCGUCAGCAUAUCGGUGACUUCUCCCGGUCCUACGCCAAGGAGCUCCGCGAGGACGAGGGUGCCGAGUACGACCAGCUGAUCGAGAUCAACCUGUCUGAGCUUGAGCCUCACAUCAACGGUCCCUUCACUCCCGAUCUUGCUACCCCUAUCUCCAAGUUCAAGGAGGCUGUCGAGGCCAACAAGUGGCCUGAGGAGCUCAAGGUCGGUCUUAUUGGCUCUUGCACCAACUCCUCGUACGAGGACAUGUCCCGUGCCGCUUCUAUCGCUCGGGAUGCCCUUGACCAUGGAGUGAAGUCCAAGUCUCUCUUCACCAUUACCCCUGGUUCUGAGCAGAUCCGGGCUACUAUCGAGCGUGAUGGUCAGCUGCAGACCCUUGAGGAGUACGGUGGUGUCAUCCUUGCUAACGCCUGCGGUCCUUGCAUUGGACAGUGGGAUCGUAAGGAUGUGAAGAAGGGUGAGCCCAACUCCAUCAUCUCUUCUUACAACCGUAACUUCACUGGCCGUAACGAUGCCAACCCCGCUACCCACGCGUUCGUUGCCUCUCCCGACCUCGUUGUUGCCAUGACUGUUGCCGGUACCCUCAAGUUCAACCCUCUCACCGAUACCGUGAAGGACAAGGAUGGCAAGGACUUCAAGCUCAAGGCUCCUUCCGGCGAGGGUCUCCCUGCUCGUGGCUACGACCCCGGCCGUAACACCUACCAGGCCCCUCCUGCGGACCGUUCUACCGUCAGCGUCGCUGUCUCUCCCACCAGUGACCGUCUCCAGGUUCUCCAGGGAUUCCAGGCUUGGGAUGGCAAGGAUGCCACUAACAUUCCUAUCCUGAUCAAAUGCCAGGGCAAGACCACCACUGACCACAUCUCCAUGGCUGGCCCAUGGUUGAAGUACCGUGGCCACCUUGACAACAUCUCCAACAACAUGCUCAUUGGUGCCGUCAACGCCGAGAACGGUGAGGCCAACAAGGUCAAGAAUGCUUUCACUGGCGAAUACGAUGCCGUCCCUGCUACUGCCCGUGACUACAAGGCUCGUGGCGUUAAGUGGGUUGUCAUUGGUGACUGGAACUAUGGCGAGGGUAGCUCUCGUGAGCACGCUGCUCUGGAGCCUAGACACCUUGGGGGUCUUGCUAUCAUCACUCGCAGCUUUGCCCGUAUCCAUGAGACCAACCUUAAGAAGCAGGGUAUGCUUCCUCUGACCUUCGCCGAUCCUGCCGACUACGACAAGAUCAAGCCCGAGGAUAAGGUUGACUUGCUCUGCACCCAGCUUGAGGUCGGCAAGCCCAUGACCCUUCGCGUCCACCCCAAGGAUGGCGGUAACGCCUUCGACAUCCAGCUUAACCACACCUUCAACGAGUCUCAGAUUGAAUGGUUCAAGGAUGGAUCUGCCCUCAACACCAUGGCUCGCAACAGUGCCAACUAA